GAAAACAUGAAGAGGAAGUCUGUUGGAAUCUGGUCCUGCAAGAGCUGUAGGAAGACCAUUGCCGGCGGGGCCUGGGUGUACAGCACAACAGCAGCAGCCACAGUACGGUCAGCGGUGAGACGUCUGCGUGAGUUGAAGGAGCAGUAAGCUAUUGGAUUGUCACUAAGGACGUCUGAUCGAUCAAACCUCCCAACAACUACCCUUCCUCACUACACCUGGACUACCUGCGGUUGUUGGAACAUUCUGAAGUCUGAUCCCGGUAUUUCUGAAUAAAACGUUGACUGUAGACUUCUGA